GGCGGCGGCGGGCUCGGGAUUGGUUGCGGGGCUCGCGUGUCCCGGGGCGGUUGCUAGGCUGCGGCCGUGCGGGCGGCCCGCCCUCGCGCCUGCCCAGGACCCGGCUCCAGGAACUCUGGGAUGGAUCAGGUGUGCAGAGGGUGAAGACCCUGCUGUGGGACCACAUCAUUCGCUUUCUUUCUCAGUGAGAACAUUGUUCUGAGCAGACUCAGCCUGGGAUGAGGAUGUCCGUGGACCUCUUGCUGCUGUGCCCCUUCUGGGGCAGGACCUUUCUCCUCCUGCUCUCUGUGACUGUGGCGCAGUCCCACUGGCCCAGCGAACCUUCGGAGGCUGUCAGGGACUGGGAGAACCAGCUUGAGGCUUCCAUGAACUCGGUGCUCUCAGACCUCCACGAAACAGUUCCCACAGUGGUUGGCAUUCCCGAUGGCACAGCUGUCGUGGGACGCUCGUUCCGUGUGACCAUUCCAACAGAUUUAAUCGCCACCACUGGAGAACUUAUCAAGGUAUCAGCCGCAGGGAAGGAGGCCUUGCCAUCCUGGCUGCACUGGGACCCAAAGAGCCACACCCUGGAGGGCCUCCCCCUGGACACGGAUAAGGGAGUACAUUACAUCUCAGUGAGCGCUGCCCGGCUGGGGGCCAACGGGAGCCACGUGCCCCAGACCUCCAGCGUGUUCUCCAUCGAGGUCUACCCUGAAGACCACAGUGAGCCUCAGUCUAUGCGCACAGCGUCACCAGACCCAGGGGAGGCGGUGCCAUCCGCCUGUGCUGCCGACGAGCCCGUGACCGUCCUGACGGUGAUUCUGGAUGCUGACCUCACCAAGAUGACCCCAAAGCAAAGGCUCGACCUUCUGCACAGGAUGCGGAGCUUCUCGGAGGUGGAGCUUCACAACAUGAAGUUGGUACCCGUGGUGAACAACCGACUGUUUGACAUGUCGGCUUUCAUGGCCGGCCCCGGAAAUGCAAAGAAGGUGGUAGAGAACGGGGCGCUGCUCUCUUGGAAGCUGGGCUGCUCCCUGAAUCAGAACAGCGUGCCUGACAUUCAUGGCGUGGAGACCCCUGCCAGGGAGGGUGCUAUGUCUGCCCAGCUUGGCUACCCCGUCGUGGGUUGGCACAUAGCGAACAAGAAACCUCCGCUCCCUAAGCGCAUCCGGAGGCAGAUCCACGCCACACCCACACCUGUCACUGCCAUUGGACCCCCAACUACUGCCAUCCAGGAGCCACCGUCCAGAAUCGUGCCUACCCCCACAUCUCCGGCCAUUGCUCCUCCCACAGAGACCAUGGCUCCUCCAGUCAGGGAUCCGGUUCCCGGGAAGCCCACAAUCACCAUUCGGACUCGAGGAGCCAUUAUUCAGACCCCAACCUUAGGCCCCAUCCAGCCCACUCGGGUGGUAGAAGCGGGUACCACGGUUCCUGGCCAGAUCCGCCCAACGAUGACCAUUCCUGGUUAUGUGGAGCCCACAGCAGUCGUGACCCCUCCCACCUCCACCACCAAGAAGCCACGCGUGUCCACACCCAAACCAGCCACCCCUUCCACAGAUUCCUCGGCCACCACAACUCGCAGGCCCACCAAGAAACCACGGACACCUCGACCAGGGCCCCGGGUGACCACCAAAUCACCCAUCACCAAACUGGAAACAGCCUCGCCACCCACUCGCGUCCGCACCACCACCAGUGGGGUGCCCCGAGGGGGAGAACCCAACCAGCGCCCCGAGCUCAAAAACCACAUCGACAAGGUGGAUGCCUGGGUUGGCACCUACUUUGAGGUGAAGAUCCCCUCUGACACUUUCUACGACUUUGAGGAUACCACCACCGACAAACUGAAGCUGACCCUCAAGCUUCGGGAGCAGCAGCUGGUAGGCGAGAAGUCUUGGGUACAGUUCAACAGCAAUAGCCAGCUCAUGUACGGCCUGCCCGACAGCAGCCACGUGGGCAAGCACGAGUAUUUCAUGCACGCCACGGACAAAGGGGGCCUGUCCGCCGUGGACGCCUUCGAGAUCCAUGUUCAUAAGCGCCCGCAAGGGGACAAGGCUCCCGCCCGGUUUAAGGCCAAGUUUUUGGGUGACCCGGCCCCCGUGGUCAACGACAUACACAAGAAGAUUGCCCUGGUAAAGAAGCUGGCCUUUGCCUUUGGGGACCGCAACUGUAGCACCAUCACGCUGCAGAACAUUACUCGGGGCUCCAUCGUGGUGGAGUGGACCAACAAUACCCUGCCCCUCGAGCCCUGCCCCAAGGAGCAGAUCAUAGCGUUGAGCCGGAGGAUUGCCGAGGAUGACGGCAAGCCCCGGGCUGCUUUCUCCAAUGCCCUGGAGCCCGACUUCAAGGCCGUGAACAUUUCUGUGACAGGGGCUGGCAGCUGUCGAUUGUUUCAGUUCAUACCUGUGGCACCGCCCGGGAGGAUGCCCUCGGUGGCACCGCCCACCGAGGUCACGGACCGGGACCCCGAGAAGAGCAGUGAGGAUGACGUCUACCUGCACACGGUCAUCCCGGCUGUGGUGGUGGCCGCUAUCCUGCUUAUUGCAGGCAUCAUCGCCAUGAUCUGCUACCGCAAGAAGCGGAAGGGCAAGCUGACCCUCGAGGACCAGGCUACCUUCAUCAAGAAGGGGGUGCCCAUCAUCUUUGCCGAUGAGCUGGAUGACUCCAAGCCACCCCCUUCCUCCAGCAUGCCACUCAUCCUGCAAGAGGAGAAAGCCCCUUUGCCCCCUCCCGAGUACCCCAACCAGAGUGUGCCCGAGACCACGCCUCUGAACCAGGACACCGUGGGAGAGUACACGCCCCUGAGGGAUGAGGACCCCAACGCUCCUCCCUACCAGCCGCCUCCACCCUUCACGGCCCCCAUGGAGGGCAAGGGUUCCCGUCCCAAGAACAUGACCCCCUACCGGUCGCCCCCGCCCUACGUCCCCCCUUAACCCACAAGCGCCUGGGUGGAGGCAGGGGUAGGGCAGGGCCCUGGAGACAACCCAGUGUUGUCUGUGGAGACCAGUGGCCUACAGGCCAUCACCCACUGGGAGCCGACACCUGACCUAGCACACACUGACACGGGGCCUGGACAAGCCCGCCCACUCUGGUCCUCCGAAACCCCAAAGCAGCUGGAGAGACUUUGGGGAUAUUUUUAAUUUUCUUUUCCUUUCUUUUUCCUUUUUCUUUUUUAUUUUCUUCUUCUUUUUUUUUUGUUUUUUUUUUUGUUUUUUUUUGGGCCUAACAGCUUUUUAUUUGUUCAUAGAAAAUUCUUUGCUGCGGUUUUGAUGGCUGACUCUGAAAGCAGUGUUUGGAGUAGAGGUAGAUGGCAGGAGCCCUCGAGGAACCGUGAAUGAACUCGCAGGCAGUGCUGGCGGCCUCCCAGCACUCUGCGUUUUGCCUUUAACACUAACUGUACUGUUUUUUUUCUAUUCACGUGUGUCUAGCUGCAGGAUGUAACAUGGAGAAUAGUAGCUAAAGAUUUAAGUUCAAAGGACUUUCAGAAGUUAAGUUUGUUUUUACAUUUAAUCUGCUGUUUACCUAAACUUGUAUGUAUAAUUUUUUUUGGGUGGGUAUGGGGAAUUGCUUUGCUAAAAAUAAGCUCCCAGGGUGUUUCAAACUUAGAGAAGACCAAGGGACAGUAUUUUUUAUCAAAGGAAUCCUAUUUUUUCACACUAUGUAACUUGGUUGCUCUGAUACCGCAGAGCUUGCCUGAGGGCCUCCCGGCCCUGGUGCUGGGCCUCCUCUCCUGCUGCUGCCAGGGGUGGAAGCUGGAGGGGCCUCUUGGGCCGUGGACAUCCACACCCUUACCCUACAUAUGCUAGUGGCCCACCACCAAAGGGUCUUCGUUUCCACAGAAAGGGGACUCUCAGAGGCAGUGGUGGCCGUGGCCCCCAACCUAGGUGCUCCAGGGUGGGCCAGCUGCUGGUGGAGGGGUGCUGGGGGGAGGGUCGAGGAACUCGACCACAUCCACUUAACUUUCUUUUUUCCUUCUGUGUGUUUUUUUCCCCUCCUAAAAGGAAAAUCAUGGUUUUUGAAACACUCAGUGGGGGACAUUUUGGUGAAGAUGCAAUAUUUUUAUGUCAUGUGAUGCUCUUUCCUCACUCGAUCUCGGCCACUUGGUCCCAGCAGCCCACAGCCCCUCCCUAAGCCCGCCCUCCCCCACUCACCCCACACCUCCUUCCUGGCACCUCUGUUCCAGGACUUGGGCCUGAAUGGCUAGCAAGGUCUGGACUGGGGAGGAGUGCCAGCAAUAGUUCAUAGUGAAAUUCUGUGGGCUCUCAAAGCUGAUUUUUUACUAAAGUUUUUAUACAGCCUCAACUUGUUUUAUUAAAAAAGAUUAAAAAUGGCGAUGCUUACAGCAGUUUGUACAAGCUCUUAGUGUUGAUUCCAUGGAACUGACGGCUUUGCUCAUUUUGGUUUUUUUUUAACCCCCUUUUCCUAAUAAUGGCUUAAAUUCUGGAAUUACACUGGGACUUCUUUUGCCUUUUCUUUUUUUCUUUUAGCAGAAUGUCCGUCUGUCCAUCUGCAUCUCUGUCCUGUGACUCAGGGGUGCCCACUCUGCUUUGUUUCUCCUCCGUUGGAAGAAACCAUUCUAAGCAUGACUUUUCUUGCCGUCUGGGAGUUAUUUUGGAUACCUCUUGGGAGGAAUGCCUUCUGCAAUAACGUAUCCCUUCCAUGGUAGAGGGCAGGUGGGUGAACCCAGGUUCCUUUUGCACACCACCAAGCAGCCACUUCUAAGCCAUAUCGAACCAUUUCUGCUGGAGUUGAGUACGUUGCCUCAGGAGGGGAGGGCAGCUCCAGGGAGAGUUCUCCACCCCAUCCUCCUCAGGGGAUGUUUCCCUUUGCCUCUUCUCCCACUGGGGGGGCCCAUGUAGUCUCUCCUGACUGGCCCCAAUAGGGUACACAUGUGAACAGUGCCUCUGUUGCAGGGAGCCUGUCAGGGAGGUGUAUAGUUCAACUCUGGUGACAGGGCUUUGUUCCCCCAAGCCGUGGUCCAAACCAGAGUUUUUCUGGUGCCCCAGAGUCAAGAGCAUAGGGGGUGUCUGAGCUGGUGAGAUUAUUUCUGAUGACCUGGCCAAAAAAAAAAAAAUUCUCAGUGUUCCAGGUGAGGGCUCUGAAAAGCCUUCCAAACAGCUCUGUUGUCCCUAGCAACAACACCACCUCCAUCGGACGGGACGCUGCCACCAAGAGACAGUUGGCCCAGAAUGGCCCGUUGCCACAGCAACUGGAGAGGCUGGGGCAGUGAACAGAAUAACAACGGCAACAAUGCCCUUGGAGCAGCCCCUUCUGAGCACUGGGCUGGCGAUGGCUGUGGACUCGGAGACAGAGAGCCAAUCUCACAUUUAAGUGUUCACCAACCACUGAUGUGUUUUAUUUCCUUCUUUAUGAUUUCAAGAUGUGUUUUCUGCAUUCUGUAUAGAAACAUAUCAAACUAAAUAAAAGCAGUGUCUUUAUUACAA